AUGCUUUCUGAAACCGAUCAGAAUCCGAGCAGUACGGGAGAUGCACCCAAGCUCCGCGCCGCAUGCGAGAACUGCCGACAAUCCAAGGUGAAAUGCAACCUAGGAGCGAAGAAUACGUGUAUUCGGUGCCUUCGUCACGGACUAUCGUGUCGAUACCGAGUUGCCAAUCGGUCGGGCAAGCCGAAGGGCAGUAAAAACCGGGCUACGUUGAGGAAACUGGGCCAGCUCCCCGAGGGCAAACCCGCAUUACGGGGAUCCGAUAGCGGACCGACAGACAAGGGACUUCAGGUUAUUGAACAGUGCUAUGGGGGGUAUGGGAUGGACCGAAGUAUGGAUCAUAAGACGCGGGAACCAGAUAGUCGCGAGAGUCUAUCGGAAAGUCCUCGAAGCCAGGAUGCCCACACCACCUUGCAUUCAUGCUUGCCGUUCACCGAGUCCACGAGUAUGGAAUAUGCGUCGUCGUACGGCGAUUCUUUGCCGCCGUCAGGCAGCGACCCGAUAGCAGCGCAUGCGUCUAUGUCGCCGACUUUCCUGCAGAAGGAGUUCAUCACCAAGGGCCUGACGAGCUUCCCGCUCGCCGUUCACAUCCCUAGUGCUUUCCAGCCGACGUGCGAAUGCGGCGAGGCUCUCGGAUUCCACAUGAAUCAUCUUCGGCACAUGGUCGCUGACCCGCUGCAAUUGCGAUUCGACCAGAGUCUGCAGGCCAUGCAGGCGGCAUUGGCGGUGUGCCGGGAGUUCCUUCAGUGUACCGGCUGUCACAAGGACAACACCAGCCUGCUGCUGUCCGUAUCCGUGCUAGACCUCACCCUACAGCUCUUCGACUACUGGAUGUCCUACGAGUAUACGGCGGGGGGCGUCGACCGGCUGCCACCGCCGGGGACGGUGCCCGGGACGGCGUCUGUCCCCGUCGGAUACGGCGAGUACGAGCUGGGCUUCGAGGAGACUCGACAGGUGCGACGGUUCCUGCUCCAUGGCCGUCUGCAGCAGACACAGGAAGUACUCCGUCUGCUGAAGGAGGUGAUUGAGCUGAGCUCCGGGAGCAGCGAGGGGCUAGAGGGCAGCUGGCUGCAGCAGAUCCUCCGGGGGUAUGAGACGACGGUGGAGUCAUUUCUGCAAGGGAUGAUGCCAUGUAUUUGCCAUUGUCAUUGCCAUUAA